UAGUAUCUUUCACUCUCAAUCUCUUCUUCAUCCUAUUAGUGGUAUUAGAGCAUUCUCUCAAACGAGCACUAUCCAUGGCCAGUGAAUCCUCCACAACCAUUACCUCUCCCAUUUCCACUAAUGAUGCCAUUCCUAUAGGACAAAACACCAUAAUCACCUUCAAUGUCGCUACUCACUUUCCUCUUAAACUUACUCCCAGCAACUAUCCAUCCUGACGGGCACAAUUUCUAUCUAUUCUUACUGUCUACAAAUUAACUGGCUAUCUCAAUGGAUCCAAACCUUGCCCAACGCCAUCAACCGGAGAGGUUCCCGACUCACCCUUUGAACUAUGGAUUCACCAAGAUCAAUCAAUCCGACAUGCCAUUCUCACGUCGAUCUAGAGUCUUUACACUCAAGGAGCGCCUCCAGAAUACUCGCUGUGAAGGUCGCAUUGUCACCGAAUUUCUCCAUCAACUCAAGGUGCUUGCUGAUGAACUUGCUGCCAUAGACAAACCCCUCACCAACGAUGAUCUGACGGUGUAUGUGUUUGUCCUCAAUGGGAUAGGACCUGAAUUUCGUGAGAUCUCUGCUUCACUCUGCGCUCGAGACAAGCCACUUUCUUUUGAAGAACUUCAUGACAGAUUAGUCACACAUGAAGAAAGCAUGCACCGAGAAGAAACCCGGCUUGAAAAUGCACCAAUGACUGCUCAUUUUGCUGCCAUGCCCAUCAAAAAGCCUGCUGGUAAUACUCCUAAUUUUUCAACAAGUUCUGGUUUCUCAAAUACUUCUCUUCAGUCCAAUGGUGCAGGAAUCCUACCACUGCCACAACGUAUCCAACCAUUUGGAUCAGGUCAACAUUUGGCAGGAGGAAGAGGUAAUAGGUGUAACAGGCCCAAUCAAUUUAACAGAAGAAGAGGUGGCCCAAAUUGGCCCAACACUGGCAGAUCCCAUAUCUCUUGUCAACUUUGCAACCAAUUUGGGCAUACAGCUCGUACUUGUUAUCUAUUUCGGAAUCAAGGCCAUGGACCCACGGCUCACUAUGCAGCAUCUACCAAUCUAAGCACUAAUGAGUGGUUGAUUGAUUCGGGUGCUAAUAAUCACAUCACCACCAAUCUGUCCAACUUGGCACUCCACUCCGAAUAUAAUGGCCCUGAUGAACUACUAAUUAGAGAUGGCUUAGGUUUGCAAAUCACUCAUGUUGGCCACACAACUCUCACAACACCCUUCUCAUCUAUCCCUUUAAAUAAUGUUUUAUGUGUACCUACCGCCUCUCGCAAUCUUAUUUCUGUUUCUCAAUUAUGCAAAACUACAAAUUCCAUUGUUGAAUUUCAUCCAAAUUUUUUCUUGGUGAAGGAUCGCAACACAGGGGCGAUACUACUGCGAGGACCAAACCGGCUUGGGAUGUACCAAGUUCCUCAAAUGGGUCCCACUAAACAAAUACCUAUGGCACAUUUGGGGAGAGGACAUCAGCAAUAAAUUAGCAUGCAAGGCUGGGACACCCAUCUUCCAAAGUAUUCAAAAAAAUUCCCUGUGUUAUCAAUCUGCCAUUAAUAAAUAAAGCCGAUGAUUUUUAUUGUGAUUCAUGCUCUUGUUCUAAAAGCCAAACUUCCAUUCUCCAAAUCCUCUAUUACCAGCUAUGCCCCUCUUGAAUAUAUUUUUUCUGAUGUU